CAGCCUCCGUCUGGCCGACUUUCCAGACCGUUUUCUCCCGUUGGUCCCCCAUCCCCUCUCCCGCCAGAUCCAGACUGUUCUUGGCUGCCACGCCCAGAACUUCGGAUGUGGAAACUCUCCUGCGCCUGUAACUCUUGGCCAGGGACAUAGGGCCGAUCCCGCACUGUAGACAUGGCUUCCAUGCAAGUUUCACAGAACCAUAUUGGCUGUUCCCCUGUGGAACGAUGUCCGGGAUGCUACAAGGUACAGGGUAGCACUACGCAUAUACCUCCCCCCAUUUUCCUCGGGAACAUCCCCUCAAUUCCAACACUCCCGACGCCUGAAUGCCAUGUGAACUGCUGGUCCUUGACCUUCUUCUCCGCGGGUGCACAAAUGCCCAUUCACACUCUGCUUGUCCCACGCUAGGCUGUACGGAGUUCUCAAUACGUGGACGCCUUGCCGUUGUGGCUUGCCAACGUUGGCCGCAGGAUCUCAGUGGCGUGCAAGCUGCUGAUGGUGGCGGCUUGAGAUAUUGUAUAUGGCACCGACAGAAGAGUACAGAUCAUAAGUAUCGCGAUCCUCAUGUUUCGUCUCUGAACGCUGACUCAAAACUAAGUUGGAUCAUAUAUACAUGCAAGUCUUCUCGGCCGUCACAGAUAGCUGGCGCGAUGAGUCAAACUUGUCGAUCUGAUAACUUUGAUCUGUCUGACACGAUAAUUUGCGUCAGUUUCUAUCGCAUGUGCUCCUUAAGAGACGAACACCUACUCCUUGAAUCAUCAAUGAAGGUGUCUCACAUCGGAGCGACCGCAUUGAGUACUGUCUCUGGGGCUGCCAAGUCCUGUGCGGAGUUCUAGAGAAAUCCAUUAAAUUGUCAGAGUCUUUCUCCAAGGAAUCU